AUGGUUGGACAUUCUUCUUGUGGUUUAGAAAGUGAAGAGGAUUUGGAGGUUAUGGUUGGACUGGCACUUUCUUGUGAUAUUCAUCGUAUUGAUGUUUUUAAACCUUUGCUCUCCGAUGGGUGGGUUAAUUGUAUGAAAGGAGUGGGACAAAGGUUUGCUCAAGGAUUUGUUGAAUUUCGAGAUGCGUUGUCAAAGUAUUCUAUUCAUUCCGAUUUUAAUUUUGAUUUUGUUAAGAAUGAUAAGGAUCGUGUCACUGUUCAUUGUAAGAGAAGGGCUGAUUUGGGAUGUUUAUGGAGCGUGCAUGCUAGAGUGGAAAAUUAUAGUAAAGCUUUUGUUAUUAAACAAUUUGAUGGUGUUCAUACUUGUGGAUCUUCUUUUCGUACAAUUAAACAUGCUAGGAUGACUUCAAGUAUGAUUGGUGGGCUAAUUUCUAAUGAUAUUCGUAACAAGGCUUUGACAUCGGUUAGUGAGGUGGUUUGUGAUUUCAAGGACUAUUAUGGAACAGAAGUUUCUUAUCGGCGAGCUCGGAUGGGUGUUGAAAAAGCAUUGGGUCUUGUUUUUGGUGACUAUACAUCAUCAUUUGAUGAUCUUCGUUGGUAUGUUGAUGCCGCUAAUGCUUGCAAUCCGGGGAGUGUUUUUGAUAUGGAAUUUGAUAUUGAUAGUAAAGGAAGACAUUUCAAAUGCUUGUUUUUCGCUUUUGAGGCAUGUAUUCAUUGUUUCAAGUAUUAUAGGCCUGUGUUGAUGCUUGAUGGAACUUUUUUGAAAGGAAGACACAAAGGUUGUUUAUUGGCUGCUACGGCGAAAGAUGGUAACCAAGGUAUUUUGACUCCGGAGAGGGAUAUUGCAUUUGUUACUGAUCGACAUGGAGGUUUACUGAAAACUUUAGCUGAGUUCUUUCCGUUUUCUUGUCAUUCUUUUUGUCUAAUGCAUUUGAAGACAAACUUGAAGACUUAUUUGUCAGUGAAGAGUCGUGAAUCAAAAGAGUAUUUGCUUACUCUUUUUAGUAGAUGUGCAUAUGCUCCUACUGUUGAGUUGUUUAAUGAGCUAUUUGAAGAAUUUAAGGGUCGUUGUGGUCGUAGUGUUGAGAGGUUUCUUGAGGAUUUGCCUAAUGAGUGGAUGAAAUGCCAUUUGUUUUCAACUAGUCUUGUUGAUGCUAUACGGGUGAAACUAAUGGAGCAAUUUUCAAGAAGGAGCGAAGUUGGGAAUAAGUGGAAUCGUAUUGUUUGUCCUUUUGUAGAGAAAAAGUUGGAAGAAGCUUUUAAUGAUACAAAAGCAUGGAUAGUUAAGAAAUGUAGCGAUGACAUUUAUGAAAUCCAAUUGGAUCAUUCAGUUAUGGUUGAUAUUGGGAAACGUUGUUGUUCUUGUCGAUUGUGGGAAAUUGAUUCUUUUCCUUGCAAACAUGGUUUUUGUGCUAUAAAGAGGAGUGGGAAGGAUCUGAAUUGCUUUCUUGAUGAUUACUACCGUGUUAGUAGUUAUUAUGAUUCUUAUUCACAUUCUGUCUAUCCAGUUCCUAGUAUGUGGAAGCCAAAUGUAGUUGUUGAUGAUGACGUUGUUUGA